AGGGACCCCGCUCACCAGGGCCCAACCCCACUUCCCCUGGGCCUUGAGCUGAAGACGCAGCUGGGCUUAGUCACCUGUGCCCUGAAAACUCUGGCCCAGGGCCCUGCAGACUCCUGUGGCACUGCCAGCAGACUCCCAGGGCCUUCACCUGCCGGGUCCCUGUACUGCCCCUGCCUGCAGCUUCACCUGGCUGGGGCCUCCCUUGUCACCACUGGCCUGCCCUCCUACCCAGGGUUGGGCCCCAAGGCUGCCACCUUGCAGGAGGCUUAACUGCAGUGCCAUCACCUGUACCUCCCCAAGUCCUUCCCAGACCCAGGACCCAGACCAGGCCCAGAGCUCAACCCCUUCAAAAAGGCUCUGGGCAGCUGCUCCUGUGGCCUCAGCACCAUCCCCUUUGGCAGAGAGGAAUCCAAGGCCCUAGGGCUGUGUGUGUGCUGUGUCCCUUGCCCUCCUCUGCCACUGAACCAGCUGGGGGUUGGAUCAAGGCACUGGUACCUUCGCCCUUGGGGUGACCAACUUGGCCAGCAGCAAGAGAGCCGUGGUAGCCCUGGCCUUGGGAGGUUGGCCCCGCUUGUGGGAACAGGAGCUCUGCUCAUGGCUGCACCACCAGGCACCCCUGGUGAGACACAAAGCUAGGAGUGGAAGCGGCAGGAAGGAUGCAACGAUCUCCUCCAGCUGGGCUGAGGAGGGAGGGCUUCCUGGAGGAGGUGGAGGAAGGAGCCUUUAAGGAAGAGCAAGAGUUUGUUGGGCAGCGGGAAAGAAAUUUCUAGAGAAAAACUCGGCAGGGAAGACCGAAAAGAGAGAGGGUGUGUGUAGGGUGCUUGGCGGGGCACUGCCUGCGGGAGGGCGGCGGGCUGGAGAGGCGGGGAGGCCCGGGAAGCCCACCCGCCUGGGAUGAGAAGGGACACUGUGGAAACUGGACUCUCCCUCACGGCUCCGCGGAGCUCGGUGGGCGCCACAGCCUCCCGGUGCCGGGGAGGGCGGCCGUCGCUCGCGCUCCCGCUGCGGGCCCGGUCUCCGCCAGGCCCCGGCCCCCUGAAGGCGCUCAGACCUCAGUCUUGGCGACAGCGCUGGGGUGGGCUUCGUGCCCGUUUCACGCGGAGGAAGCCACGCUCAGGAGGGAGGGAGUCUGCGCCCGUGUCCUGCACCUGCAGAGCGGAGGGGCGGGGAGCUCAACCCCCGGCAAAACGUCCCCGCGGCGCGUGGCUGCCGCGAGAUCAACAAGAGCGUUUUCCAAGCUUGUGUACACGAAAUUCACUCGGCUGACAUGACGUCAGUUGGCAGAUCAGACCGACCCCGCUUCCGCCCCCACGCUCCCACCCGCCCUCUUCUGCCAGAAACCCCGGGAGCGGGCGGGACCGGGCGGGCGCAUGCGCAGUGGGCUGCCUGGGCGGGGUCUCUCGCGCCGGGAGAGGGCGCUGCUCCCAGGAACCUGCGCGCGGCUCCGGCGGCGUUUCCAGGGGGCCGGUUGGCGGGCGGACCCGGGCGGUGCGGGGCGGAAGUGGGCGGCUGCAGGACGCGCGCGGAGCCGCGCGGCGGGCGGGACCUGGCCGAGCUGGAGGGCGCCGGGGAGCGGGGCUCGGGCGGCCCCCGAGGCCCGGCGGAGCGGGCUUCUGGGGUGUCUGCGGCGGCGCCGGGGGAGCGGGCUGGGGAUGGGGCGCCUAGCCGGGCGGCGGCCGGGGCCUCGGCCAUGUUCGCGGGGCUGCAGGACCUGGGCGUGGCCAACGGCGAGGACCUGAAGGAGACCCUGACCAACUGCACGGAGCCACUCAAGGCCAUCGAGCAGUUCCAGACAGAGAAUGGCGUGCUGCUGCCCUCUCUUCAGUCGGCCCUCCCUUUCUUGGACCUGCACGGGACGCCGCGGCUGGAGUUCCACCAGUCGGUGUUCGAUGAGCUGCGGGACAAGCUGCUGGAGCGAGUGUCAGCCAUCGCUUCGGAAGGGAAGGCUGAGGAAAGGUACAAGAAGCUGGAAGACCUUCUGGAGAAGAGCUUUUCUCUGGUCAAGAUGCCGUCCCUGCAGCCCGUGGUGAUGUGCGUCAUGAAGCACCUGCCCAAGGUUCCUGAGAAAAAGCUGAAGCUAGUCAUGGCUGACAAGGAGCUGUAUCGAGCCUGUGCCGUGGAGGUGAAGCGGCAGAUCUGGCAAGACAACCAGGCUCUCUUCGGGGACGAGGUUUCCCCGCUGCUAAAGCAGUACAUCCUGGAGAAGGAGAGCGCGCUGUUCAGCACAGAGCUCUCUGUCCUGCACAACUUCUUCAGCCCUUCCCCCAAGACCAGGCGCCAGGGCGAGGUGGUGCAGCGGCUGACGCAGAUGGUGGGGAAGAACGUGAAGCUGUACGACAUGGUGCUGCAGUUUCUGCGUACGCUCUUCCUGCGCACGCGGAAUGUGCACUACUGCACGCUGCGGGCUGAGCUGCUCAUGUCCCUGCAUGACCUGGACGUGGGUGAGAUCUGCACUGUGGACCCGUGCCACAAGUUCACCUGGUGCCUGGACGCCUGCAUCCGAGAGCGGUUCGUGGACAGCAAGAGGGCGCGGGAGCUGCAGGGGUUUCUCGAUGGAGUCAAGAAGGGCCAGGAGCAGGUGCUGGGGGACCUGUCCAUGAUCCUGUGUGACCCCUUCGCCAUCAACACGCUGGCACUGAGCACAGUCAGGCACCUGCAGGAGCUGGUCGGCCAGGAGACACUGCCCAGGGACAGCCCCGACCUGCUGCUGCUGCUCCGGCUGCUGGCACUGGGCCAGGGAGCCUGGGACAUGAUUGACAGCCAAGUCUUCAAGGAGCCCAAGAUGGAGGUAGAGCUCAUCACCAGGUUCCUCCCGAUGCUCAUGUCCUUCCUGGUGGAUGACUACACUUUCAAUGUGGAUCAGAAACUUCCGGCCGAGGAGAAAGCCCCAGUCUCAUAUCCAAACACACUUCCUGAAAGCUUCACUAAGUUUUUGCAGGAGCAGCGCAUGGCCUGCGAGGUGGGGCUGUACUACGUCCUGCAUAUCACCAAGCAGAGGAACAAGAAUGCACUUCUCCGCCUGCUGCCGGGGCUGGUGGAGACCUUUGGCGACUUGGCCUUUGGCGACAUCUUCCUCCACCUGCUCACGGGCAGCCUUGCGCUGCUGGCCGACGAGUUUGCCCUUGAGGACUUCUGCAGCAGCCUCUUCGAUGGCUUCUUCCUCACUGCCUCUCCGAGGAAGGAGAACGUGCACCGGCACGCGCUGCGGCUUCUCAUUCACCUGCACCCCAGGGUGGCCCCAUCUAAGCUGGAGGCCUUGCAGAAGGCCCUGGAGCCCACAGGCCAGAGUGGAGAGGCAGUGAAGGAGCUUUACUCCCAGCUCGGCGAGAAGCUGGAACAGCUGGACCACCGGAAGCCCAGCCCAGCGCAGGCUGCGGAGACGCCGGCCCUGGAGCUGCCCCUCCCCAGCGUGCCUGCCCCUGCCCCGCUCUGAGGGUCCUCCAGGCCUGCUCGGGUUCCAGGGCCCUGCUGAGUCGCGGCCCUGCUCAGCCAGAAGAGGCUCCCAGACCUGGGUAUACAGGGCGGUCCCUCCUCCCGGGGCUGUGGCUGGGCCUGUCCUGGGGUCGUGGCCCCUGCUUCCUGCUCCUUGGAGCAGGCUCCCAGACCUUGUCUGCCAUCCACGCAGUGGCUCCGAGGGCACAGCCUCUCCUUGUACUUUCACAGCCACAGAAAGUGUGCUCAUUUUCCGUUUUCCUGGGUUAGGAAAACACCACCUGUUUUCCAAGGGGAGAGGGCGGGGCCUCUUCAUUGGCUCAGCCUGGCACACUGCUACUGUCUUGGGGUUGUGGAGAUGGACCUGUGACCCCAUGGAGGCCGUGUGGGGGCAGCAGCCUGGCCUCUGCCAUGGUGGGUGUCCUGGGGCCUGUGUAGAGGGAGCCACCUCACCCUGCAGCCCAAGUCACAGGUGUGGCCAGAACAAGCCCAGGUGCACCUGUGGCCUUGUUUCACCCUUGGAACCAGCACUCCUCGCCCAGCAGCGCCGCCUUCAGCGGCCGUGACGAGGCCAGCUGGACACAUGGUGAGAUUUUCUUGUAUGUAAAUAAAAGGUGUUUUGGUAAAUGUG